CAUUCACAAGACGGCCAGUCCGGCUUUAAAAAAAUUGUCAUUAUAAACUGCAUUAUCAAUGCUGCGCUGCUUCUCAUAUCCAUCCUGGGCAACGGUUUGGUAUUGACUGCUGUUAUAAGGACACCUUGCAUUCGAACAACAUCGAUGAAGAUACUGUCAAAUCUGGUUUUUUCUGACUUUCUUGUGGGUCUUAUUACACAACCGCUAUAUAUUGCUAAGGAACUUACCAGAGACCGUUGCUUGGACAUCCUUUGGGACACAGUUGCAUAUUCAUUUUGCGGAGUUUCUUUGUUGAUCAUCACGGCCAUAAGUGUGGAUCGAUUUUUGGCUUUACACCUCCAUAUGCGAUACGCCGCUGUAAUAACGAAAUCGCGAAUCAAUUCAGCCAUAGCUAUCAUUUGGCUUGGAAACUUUCUGUCGUCGCUUUUCUUCUUUUGGAGCAGUUUUGCGUAUCACCUUAUGAUCGCUAUUGUGUCAGCAACCUGUCUGAUAAUUUCUACAUUUUCAUAUAUCUACAUUUUUGUGGUUGUUCGGAAACAUCAGCAGCAGAUUCAUGCUCAGCUAGGCGCCAUGCAAGCGCCUUCUACGGGAACCGCCAGGGACAUGCGAAUGCUGCGGCUGAAAAAGAGCUUUGUAAACACUUUCGUUUUUAAUGUAAUCUUGGUCAUGUGCUAUCUUCCAAUGUACAUUUUAUUAACUCUCCAUGGCAUCUCACACCAGCCUUGGCCGGAAGAAUGGAACUUUGCUACAACUUUGAUAUUCAUGAAUUCGGCCAUAAAUCCAUUUCUGUAUUGCUGGCGUUUGUGCGAUCUCCGGGAAGCAGUUAUCUAGACUGUUAGGAGGUUGGUCAUUAAAGACGACAAUCAAGAGCAUGUGGUGAAUAUGUAGAUAAGUACAGACAGCGGUUUCGAUUUGAACAAAGAGCAGUUAAUUCUACAGACUCAAAAAUAAAUAAUUGAAAAUAAAGGAAAAGAAAAAAGGAGAAAAUGAGUUCUUAACGCGUGUAUCAAAUAAUCUCUUUGAAAAAUCUAGGAAUUUCUUAAUCUUAUCUUUCUGUUUGUUAGUUCAUGAACACAACAGUUGGUGUUUUAGGCACCCUACCCCGAGGCUAAAAACAGUUUAUUUGAUCUAGAAACAAACUGUCAGAUGUUUGUGUUAGCUUGAACCAACAUUGAAAAUAGAAUUGGGACGAGUGCAGCACGAAGAUGUUAAAGAAUAAGACCAAACUUCACUAUGCGGGUGAUAAUGAAAGAUCAUCUUUAGAGAGUUUUUUUUAGCAUACAUUGGCACACAACAGAUGCCUUUUGUCUUUAACUUGAAAUACCCUCCUUUUGUGGUUUGCCUCUUUAACUGAGAGAAGUGUUGUAGUCUAUAAUAUUUAGAUGUGCAACACUGACUUUUCAAAAAAAGAUGGAACCAAUUUGAUGUUUUCCCAAAUCUCACUGACCACGCUGAAUUGAUAUAAGCCUUUGUAAUUAGUAAAGCAAACCGUAAAGUAGGUAUUUGUCCAUUGCAAUUUGUCCAUGCAUCUUCUAUCUAGGAUUUGAAUAUUUAUUUGUAUUGAUAAAAAAAAUUAUUAAAAAAAUGAAAUAAACGUAAAUGUCAUUUAAAACUUACCUUGACUUGGGUAAAACCAGUUCCCAAUUCUUUUCCUUCAUUUCCGUCUUAGUAUUACUUAACAAGGCUGACCCAUUCACAUCAAAGCUAAAAGACGUUUUAACUUUUCUUUCUUAGACAAAGUUUGAAAUUAUUUUCUUGAAUGAAGCUGCCUAAACUUUAGAUUCUUUGCCUUGAAUUUUAAAAUCAUGAGAAUAAAAUUUAAUAAUUACUUGAACGCUGUUAAAAUUGAGUAUUUCUGGUUUAUGUAUACGUCAAAUAAAUCAUCCAAAAUAUUGUAUUUUAAUAUAACGUACGCAACAUGGAACAUUAAUGUUUCACAAUAGUAACUCAAUUUUUCUAAUCUUCCUAUAUGCAUAAUAUCCGCCUCUUGUAACUCAAAUUGCCCUUACUGUUACUCAAAUGUUCUUCUUCUUCGUGAUUAAACAUUAUCAUGUUAUUUCAAAAUUAUUCAAAGGUGGAACUUUCAAAGCCUUGAUGUGCGCCAUUCGAAUGUUUUUGGCUUGACGAUAUCACUGCUUGGCCUUAAAUAGCAUGAGAGUCUCUUUUUGGUGUUGCGACGCGAAUGUUGAAACCCGUGAGCCUGUUUCACCCGGUGAGCGAAGGGAGCGUGCGGGAGGUCUUUGAGAGGUCAUACAUGCUCGCCUUUACUCGCUUCGCUCGCAGGAAUCAAUCAUAUGGGUUGCACCGCCCGUAGCGCAGCGCCAGUGAGCUGCCUCUAACUGAAACCAUAUUGAAUUCAAUUGCGCAAGAAAUUUAUGCUUAUCAAAUAUAAUGAUGUUUAUAUUUACCUUUUACUUCCUCAGAAAGAAGAUAUUAAUUUACAUGACUUGUCUUUAUCACAACAGUCGUUAAACUUUGCAGAAAAGGCAUUUAUAAUUUUCAGGAAUCAUUAGGAGCCCUUUGGUGUUUAGUCUUCACUGGUGGCAUGUUGUUGUGGAAUUUCUUGAGAUAGGGAGGCUUUUCAGAUGGAGGGUAUUGGGAGCUCAGGUGUACUUUUUAAGUUCACUCUAGUAACUUUAGGAACACAGAUCUUCAAAUCCCAACAGGGCUCUCCUGGUUUACUCAAACUAACUUUAGAAACAAUUACAGUUUUUGCACUUCAUUGUUUCACAGUUGAGCUGUACUGCUCUGUUGUAGUGAACUGUUGUUGGGCUGAAAUUAUACAUGCAUCCAUAAAUUCAACAAUGAUAGCAGAUUUACUUUUUGAAUAAAACAAACAGAUCAACAUGUAUUUUACAAAGUAUUCAAUUUUCCUUAUAUGAAAAAUAAUUAGUUCAUUAAUCAAAUUCAUAUCCUUCACAGCCCUCUUUGAUCAGUGGAAACUGCAGAUUAACAAGUGAAGCACAGAGUUGAAAUAUUAUAUCUGCAUGACAACGUAAAUAUGAGGGAAUAAAAGAUAAAAUCUUGAAAUCUUUGAGCCUAGCAUUUGCCCUCUCAACAUGAAUUCUGCAUUUUGCUAUAACUUUUGUUGCCCUUGCUUCACUCUCAGUGAAUGUACCAUUGUUUAAAAAGGUGGUAUAUUUACUGAAACACCAUUUGGUACAAGAUCCUGUAUAACAAAACCUUUGUCAGCUAAGACCAUAUCUCCAGCAGUAAGGUGAUUUAAAAUCCUGAUUUCUGCACAAUUGCUUUGUCAGAUAUUGACCCUGGAUAAAGUUUGCUGACAUAAGUAAUAACACCAUUUGGCGCUACACCCACAAUAACCUUGAAGGAAUGCAUUCCCCUAUAAUUUGAAUACGUAGCAUUCUGCUGGCUCAUAAGCCCAGGUGUGGCAAUCUCUAUGUCUGUACAAUCUAUCACAGGUGAAUCCAUCUUCAUAUUCCUUCAGCUUUUUUUUUUAAAUGAGAUAGGGUUACUGAAUAGUGCACCAUUUUAAUCGUUUCGAUCGCCUUCGUUUCUCAGUUUUAUAACAGCGUUAAUAACAAUGUAACUGAACCUUAUUCUAAGCUUCUUUGAACCGUUCCAAGCGAUGAUUACACACUUGACCUCAUACCUAGCUAUAUAACGCAAAGUAAUAUUCAAUGAAGAAGAAGAUAUCUGUGCUAACUCCUUUCACAAACAAUAUUACCAUUUCGUUUGGCAGUUCCUAAGAGCAUAUGUUAGCCGAUUAGGUGACUACCGACAAAUUUGGCACCUUUCUUAAUGGGUUUUAAACAAUAACUUGACGGGUGCAAGAUUGCCUGCAGACCUAUUCCUUUGUUUUUGUUGGCAAUUAUAUUUUGUCGUAGAUUAAACUUCAAUGAGAAACGAUUAAACAGUGGAGGCGUUAGCCAAACAAGUCCCUUAUGAUUUUUAAAAACUUUUAAAGCGAGUGACUUGGACGCGAAAUCUAAGCUCGAGUGUUUAAUUUAUUCCUUGUGAUUAAAACAGAAGCUUAAAUAGAAUUCAUCCAUAGAUCUUUGAGCUUUGUUUUCUGACAGGCAAAUGUUAUUAAAGAUAAAGAUAGCUGCGAGCUGCAAUUUAUGAUAAUUGAAGAUCUUCGCCUGAAUAAUAUAGGUCAGUGUCAUUUACAUGUCAUAAUUUUCGUAUGUAGAAGACUAACUGCUUUCCGCAUAUAAACAUAAUAUUUGCCACACUGGGCCAAAUUCUUUGAAAUUGGAAAGUUUUCAAGACACGGACUGAAAUUCGUGAGACAAGAUGGGUUUCAAUCUACAAAAUUACUGAAACGACUUUGUGAAGUUCGAUAUUUAAAAAUACCUGCCAACUAUGAAUUCGACCAAUAUACCAGCGAAGAACGAGACAUCUUCAUUUGAAGGAAGUGGAAAUUCCAACACGUUUGCUUUUAUUAACGGAAUCUUAAAUGCUCCGUUAAUGCUGAGUUCCAUUAUCGGAAACGCUUUAGUUUUUGGGACCAUUUUAGCAACUCCUUCGCUUCGUUCAUCAACUACCGUCUUGCUUUGCAGUUUGGCUCUAUCAGACUUGCUUGUCGGACUUGUGGUACAGCCUCUUUACAUUGCUAAACAGUUAGAUAUUUUUAACAGAUCCCGCCUCGUCGAAAUCAUGGAAUUUGUCCUCUGUGGUGUUUCGCUCUGUACAGUAACAGCUGUGAGUGUGGAUAGAUUCGCUGCACUGCAUUACCAUAUGAGAUAUCCUACUGUAGUCACCGUUCAAAAGGUUUUGUACAUAUCAGGCUUAAUUUGGCUCGGCGUAGGUCUCUUAUCCGGAUUUUACUUCUGGAGCAAGUAUUAUUUUUACCUGGGAGUAUCCAUCUCCAUUUGCAUUUGUUUGAUUUUCUCCUCCUACUCCUACUAUCGGAUCUUUCGAGUCGUUCGACAGCAUCACAUACAAAUUCAAGUUCAGCAACAUGUAAUGGAAAGCGUAGAUCUCAAUGUCACAAGCAUGCUUCGAUUACAAAGGAGUGCUGUGAACACUUUUGUGUUUUACUUCGCAAUCAUUGUGUGCUAUUUGCCAUUGCUUGUUUCUCUAUCACUGAAUUUCUUUUCUAAAAAGCUCUGGUCAAAAGUGUGGGAACUCGCGGAUACCGUUGUGUUUUUAAACUCUUCUAUCAAUCCAGUUCUAUAUUGUUGGCGCUUAACAGAGCUUAGAAUCGCAGUAACGCAAACGAUAAGGCAAAUUUUAUGUAGAACGCCGCAGGGGAACUUAGAUUUUCAGAACUAA